AUGGGACCGGUUAGCUACCAACUUGAGUUACCUUCAAAGUUGGACCAGAUUCAAGAUGUGUUCCAUGUCUCUAAGUUGAGGCGAUAUCGCUCUUAUCCUAUGCACAUCAUCUUGGCUGAGGAGAUUAAGGUUAGACUAGACCUGAUUUCUGAGGAGGAGCCGAUUCAGAUUUUAGAUCGCGAUGUGAAAGUUCUGAGGACGAAGUCUGUUCCACUGGUUAAGGUGCUAAGAUGUAAUCACAAUUUCGAGGAAGCUACGUGGGAACCCGAGGAGGCGAUGCGACAGCAAUACCAAUAUUUGUUUUGA